AUGUCCACAAUUAUUAGUUCUUUAGGCCGAUUUGCAUUUAAUAACUGUAAAAAAUGCUCAAAGGGAGUCUUAUCAAGUCAAAUUAGACUAAAAUCAAAGGUAUUAAAUAGGUUUUAUAGUGAGGGUUAUAGGGCCCCAAUAAGAAAGGAACCUGGGAAAGGUAUAGGGCCAAUAUCAUGGAAAAAUAUGAUAAUUACUUCCACACUGGGGGCUGGGCUUAUGGGGUUCAUGUGGUAUGUGAAAAAGGAAAAAGAAGAAGCUAUGGCCAAAGAGAGACAAAGGAUGCUGGGUAAAACACAAAUCGGUGGUAAAUUUGAGUUAAUUGACAGUGAAAGUAAACCACGAAGUAGCGACGAAUUUUUGGGGCAGUGGAUGCUAAUAUAUUUUGGAUUUACUCAUUGCCCUGAUAUUUGCCCCGAUGAGUUGGAGAAGAUGGCCUUAGUCAUCGAUACUUUAGAUAAAAACGAAGGUACUCCAAAAAUUCAGCCUGUAUUUAUAUCAGUGGAUCCCACAAGAGAUUCACCCCCUGUAGUGGGAAAGUAUUGCAAAGAAUUCAGCCCUAGACUGUUGGGUUUGACAGGGUCUGAGGAACAAGUGGGAAAAACUUGUAAAGCAUACAGGGUGUACUUUAGCGCCGGGCCCAAGGACAAAGAUAGCGAUUACAUAGUGGACCAUACUAUAAUUAUGUAUUUGGUGAACCCUGAGGGUCAAUUUGUAGACUACUAUGGACAAAACAAAAAUGCCCAUGACAUUGCCUCUUCAAUAAAACUGAACAUGGCGAAAUUUGAACAGUUAAAUAAGGGCAGCUGGUUUUAG